GGCAAGGCUUCUUGUUGUUCCUGCAGAGAGGCAAGAAGAUGGCGGCCGUGUCGAGCGGAGGUGCAGCUGGAUCCGCAGCGGCCGGGAUUACGCACCCUACCCGACCAGCCCCCGCAGGCAUGGGCGCACACAACCGAGCACAGCCUUCACCUGGGAUCAACCACCCGAACCGAACUGUCCCAGCUGCCGGCUGCAUCACCAGCCCAAGCCACCUCCCGGCCAGCAGGCCCCCCCCAGCUCGAGUGGGCUACUACGAAAUUGAACGGACCAUUGGCAAGGGGAACUUCGCUGUUGUAAAACUAGCUACACACAUGAUCACAAAAGCCAAGGUGGCUAUCAAGAUAGUGGACAAGACCCAGCUGGAUGACGAGAACCUGAAGAAGAUCUUCAGGGAGGUGCAGAUCAUGAAGAUGCUGAGGCACCCGCACAUCAUUCGCCUCUACCAGGUGAUGGAAACGGAGAGGAUGAUCUAUCUGGUGACUGAGUAUGCCAGUGGAGGGGAGAUAUUUGAUCACUUGGUGGCGCACGGGCGGAUGGCGGAGAAGGACGCGCGGCGGAAGUUCAAGCAGAUCGUGGCGGCCGUGCACUUCUGCCACUGCCGCAACAUCGUGCACCGCGACCUGAAGGCCGAGAACCUCCUCCUGGACCACAACCUCAACAUCAAGAUCGCAGAUUUUGGCUUCAGUAACCUGUUCUCGCGGGGCCAGCUCCUGAAGACGUGGUGCGGCAGCCCCCCCUACGCCGCCCCCGAGCUCUUUGAGGGGAAGGAGUACGACGGGCCCAAGGUGGACAUCUGGAGUUUGGGAGUGGUGCUCUACGUCCUCGUUUGCGGUGCCCUGCCCUUUGACGGCAGCACCCUGCAGAACCUGAGGGCCCGCGUCCUGAGCGGAAAGUUCCGGAUCCCCUUCUUCAUGUCCACAGAUUGCGAGUACCUGAUCCGGCACAUGCUGGUUCUGGAGCCCAGCAAGCGCCUCUCGAUGGAGCAGAUCUGCAAGAACAAGUGGAUGCGGCAGGGGGACCCGGACCCCGAGUUUGAGAGGUUGAUAGCGGAGUGUGAGCAGGUGAAGUCGGAGCGGGAGACGGAGCUCAUCAACGACCAGGUGUUGAUCGCCAUGGCGGAAAUGGGGCUGGACCGCGAGCGCACGCUGCAGUCUCUGCAGACAGAUGCCUAUGAUCACUACAGCGCCAUCUACAGCCUGCUGUGUGACCGACUGAAGAGGCACAAGACCCUGCGCAUCGCUCAGCCCUCCCCCCGCCCCAUUGGCUACCCGAUGAACCCAGUGCAGGCGGAUCAGCAGGGUAAUCCGGUCAGCAUGACCGUCCCCCAGGUCCAGCUCAUCAACCCAGAGAACCAGAUUGUGGAGCCCGACGGGACGAUGGCUCUGGACAGCGACGAGGGGGAGGAGCCGUCCCCCGAGGCCAUGGCCCGGUACCUGUCCAUGCGGCGACACACGGUGGGCGUUCCCGACCCCAGGGCGGAGAUGCAGGAGGAGCUUCAGAAGCUGGCCCCUGGGUUCCCCCGCACCGUCCCCCAGCCUCCCUUCCCUUCUCUGGUCCCCAACAUGGGCCCCGUGCACACGCUGGCCCCCCCACAGAACCUGCAGCCCACCCAGCACCUGGAGUACAAGGAGCAGUCCCUGCUGCAGCCUCCCACACUGCAGCUGCUCAACGGCAUGGGGCCCCUGGGCCGAAGGGCCUCGGACGGCGGGGCCAACAUCCAGCUGCACGCCCAGCAGCUGCUGAAGAGGCCCCGCGGACAGUCCCCACUCGUCACCAGCCCUCACCCCAUCCCAGCCGUGGCCCCCGUGGAUGAGGAAGGGUCCGACGGCGAGCCGGACCAGGAGGCGGUGCAGAGGUACCUGGCGAACCGCUUCAAGCGGCACACGAUGCACGUGCCCGCGAGCGCGCCACCCAGCGAGGCCCUGCCCGACCCGCAGCGGCCCCAGGGCCCCCGGCAGAGGGGGUGGGGCCUGGAGCAGCACUGCCGGUCCAGCUAUAAGGACUGCAACACGCUGCACCUGCCCAUGGAGCGCUUCUCCCCGGUGCGCCGCUUCUCGGACGGAGCCGCCACCAUCCAGGCCUUCAAGGCCCACCUGGAGCACAGCUCCCUGAUCCAGCAGCUCAAGCAGGAGUGUGAACAGCUGCAGAAGAUGUACGCUGCACCGCAGGAUGAGCGCUUCCUGGAGCAAACACAGCAACAGCACAUCCUCUACCAGCAGGAGCAGCAGAUUCUAUACCAGCAGAUACAGGCUCUGUCCCUGGGCCAUGGAGAAACCCAGCCCAGUCACCUGACUCACCAGCUCCAGAGGUUGCGCAUCCAGCCCUCCAGCCCACCCCCCACGCAUCCCAGCAACCACCUGUUCAGACAGCCCAAUCAGAGCCCGCCCCCUGGCGGCUCGGGAAUGAUGCAGGGACAUGGUGGCCAGUCCUCAGUGCCAUACCAGCACAGCGCCGCCCUCUUCCAGACCCCCAGCGGGAGCCCUCCCCCCACGGCCCUCCCCCGCAUGGCGCUUCCCCAGCAGCAGCCUGGUCUCCCCCGCGCCGUUGGUAUGCCCCAGCAGCAGGUGACCAUUCAGGUCCAGGAGGCGGAGCUUGGGGGCGGGGCCCAGCGACAGGGCUACCUGUCCACGCCGUGCGGCCACAGGGUUCUGGGGAAGCAGCUGAGCGCCGACAGCGCGGAGACCCACAGUCGCAGUCUGAGCCGGUUCCAGUGCUCCACAACCUAUGACCCCAACCAGUUCAACCCACACCUGUUUGGGGAGGGCGGGCGGGGACCUCCCGGGGGUGGAGUGGUGGGCGGGUACAAUCCCUACCUGCAGAACACCUCCCUGAAAGUGCCGGGUCUGGAGGCCUACCAGGCCGGGGGCGGCUCGGCGGGGGGCGUGGGGUACGGGAGCCCUUCGGCGCUGCAGCAGGCCCUGCUGUCCCCGACCCCCCCGGAGUACCGCCCGUCGCAGCACGUCACCCCCACCCUGCAGGGCCUGCUCUCGCCGCGCCACUCCCUGAGCGGCCACGCCGACCCCCGCAUGCCCCCCCAGGACCUGGCCGCCCUGCUGAAGAGGCAGAGCCCCCGGCCCGCCCCGCCCCCCGGCCCCCCCGCCGGCGUCCCCCCGGACUACAGCGAGCUGCUCCUGCUGCGCCACCUGAGCCAGGGGGAGGCCCUGGAGCCCUCGCCCAGCCCCCAGCACUACCACCACCUGCUGCAGAUCCGCACCGCGGACUGCCCCCCGCUGCAGCUGCCCCACUCGGAGAGCAUGGAGGAGGACGAGCCGCCCGGGUACCAGGAGGGCCUGCUGGCCAAGGCUGUGGCCUGCGUGGAGGGCCACGAGCUGCUGGGGGCCCCCCCUGGGGCCACUCCGCCCUACGGCACGCCCACGCACCGGCACCCUUACCUGCGCAGUGCCACCACAGCUAGAGGUGCGGGCCUUGACUCAUCUGGGAAUGAGCAUGUGGAGUGUAGGCCCCCAGGGCAGACUAUGGAGCUGCCUGAUCAUAAUGGUGUGGGCUACGUGACCCGGGGCCCCCAGGUGGAGGGCUACCGGCCUCGCGGGCCCCUGCAGCGGCACCACACCAUCCAGACCGCCGACGACGCCUACGACCAGGCUGAGUCCAUGGCGGGAAUGAGUCUAUUGGCCGGGAAGGCGCUUAGCUCCGCCCGGAUGUCUGACAUCCUCAGCCAAUCAUCUCUGACGGGGAGCCAGCAGCUUCACCAUCGGGAGGAGUCGGUGUGUGAUGUGGAAGGAGAGCUCCACGCUGCCGCUUGCUACCCCUCCUCAUGCACCAGCGACAUGCUGCUGAGCUACAAACCCCCUGACCUGCAGUACAGUAUGGAGCAGGCAGGAGUCUAACACAGGGUUGUCCGUAGUGUAUAAAGGUCCAUUUCGCCACCUGUGUUGAGCAGCAUCUCGCCAAAACACCAUUGUCUGUCUAGAGGGGGCGCUGUGUCGGUCCUGGGAGUCCUCAAGAGAUGGUUAGGGGUGAGGGGGUGGGACUGGGUGGGGGCCACGCCUCCGGCAUUCCGCACACCUACCCAGCAAUCAUUGUCAUUGGUCCUUUCCCGCGGCUCCCCAUCCAAUUGAAUAGCUUGGAUUCUUCAGCUGUCUUCGCGUGUCCCCCCUGUCCAAGUUCCCCUGUCCAGGAAGUGCAAGCUUACCAGUCAUCUCCCCUUCCCCUCAGCGUUGCCACAGCAACACGCUCACGUGCCACAUUUCACAGACACACACACAGUGAACUACCUUCGCGUACGCAUACACACAGACACACAUAGUAUUCACAUAAACCUCGCUUAUUGUGAGGGUGUUCAUGUGGCACUGCCCACCUCGCCACCCUCCCCCUCCCCAUACCCCCCCACUGUAUCAAAGUGGACCAUUCUGGAGUGGGCUGUGUGCCCAGAGCCCUAUGGAGCUUAGGGCAGGAGUAGUCCAUUCCACUGAGCUGGCGGGGUGGGAGGGGGGUAGGGCUCUGCAGUCCGGUGACGCGGAGAUUGCACUGGACAACCAGCUCUCUUCCUUUUUUUGUUUCGUUUUGUUUUGUUUUGUUUUGUUGUUCUUUUUCUUAAUCUUUUUUAAACUACAUUUUUACUGCUAAAGUUCAUGUAGGAAUUAUGAUCGUUAUUGUUAUGAUUAUUGUUAUUACGGCAUUUCCUUUAAAAAAAAAAAAAGUUCAUUAUUGUUAUGAUUAUAAUGAUGAUUAUUAUAAAUAUUAUUAUUAAAAGGAAAAAAGUUAUGUGUUGUAAAGAAGAGAACACUUUUGUUCUAAUUACAUGUGUAAUUCUGCACUUUUUGUUCAACUGGUCACCUUGUUCCUUUAUCUCCUGUUGACGUUCCUCUUUCCUGUUUUCCUUUUUCCUUUCUUCUCUCCCUCUUUCUCUCCCACUUUCUCUCCCUCUUCCCCCUCUCCUUCUCUCUUCAAAGUCCAUUAGGCUGUACUUCCAAAUCUAAGCUUUCACCACACAUCUCCUCCAUCUUUCUCUCUCUCUCUCUCUCUCUCUCUUUCCAUCUCUCUCUCUCCCUCUCUCUCCCUCCUCUCUCCCUCCCUCCCUCCCUCCUCUGCUCCCCAUUUUACUCCCGUGACAGUGUGUGUCAUUGUGAAUAGUCGUCGAUCUCUCAUUUUCUCUCCUGACUCUGUACAGUCAUGUAUAGACCAGAACGGCAGUUUCUGUUCAUAUCAAUACGUAUUUUUGUUUUGUUUUGUUUUUUCCUUGUGGGGCGGGAGGGGUGGGUGGGCGGGGUAGGGAUUUUAUUAUUAUUUUUAUAUUAAUAUUAAUAUUCAUGUUUGUAUUUCUUUGAUGUCUUCAGGUUUUUUUUCUCUAAAGAGAUUUCUAGCCAAAACAGGAGAGGUGUGGAGCUGAGAGGGCAGAAAGAUAUCCUCUCCGUAAGAUGUUUGUGAUAAUGAUUGUUCGUUUCACUUUUAUUAUAAUUACAAGUUGUGUGUUUUUUUUUUUUUUUGUUUUUUUUUAAAGACACUUGAAGCGGAGCGUUGUAGUAAAUAUCGCUGGUAUCAUUUCAAUGAUCGUUGUUCCCUAGUUUGUUGCUGUCAUCUGUAGGGGGGCGAUAUUGCAUUGGGUUGGGGGAGGGGUGUUGCGAGGCAUGGAAUUCAAACGGAAACAUAUCAAUGGAAGCACUGGGUGGAGGAGGUGGGGGGGGGCGGGGGGCGCAGGACUGUCCCAGGUCAUCUGAGGACCCGUUAUUCCUCUCCUGCUCCACCCCCCCCCCCCCAAUUAUCAUUCUCCCUCGACCACCGGCUGACUUUUUCGAAUACCCCCCCCCCCCCCCCCCAAACCAGAACUGGCCCUCUUCACCUGAUUUGGGAAAUGGACCCUUUGCUUUCCUCUAAUACUGUGGGGGGAAUUUCGGCUUGAGCUUGUGUGGAUCCCCCCCCCUCCCCCCCAACCCCCUUCAACCGAUUUGGUGGUCAUAUCCCGAAAACAAGGACCCACUCUAUACCGAGACGUCUGGGUGACAAGCCCAACCAGCCCCCCACCUCCACCACAGCCCCACCCCCACCCCCACCCCCACCCCCUUGGUGUCGACCGAGGACGGCCGUGGAUGUGAACGUCAGCUCUCGCUUUCCCGGUUAGCGGCAGCGGCGCGAGGUUUCCUGCGCGCUCCCCUGCACCGCCUUCCCAUCGCCACGGCUACGCUACCCUUCCGCUGCGCCGCUGCGUCUCAAGACGAGGCCUCCAGACAACGCUUCCUGGUCUCUCGCCGUGGAAACGAGGGCAGCCGGGCCGUGCCACUGUAAAACUGGGACUGGGGGGGGGGGUGAGGAAGACAAAACCUUAAUAAAGCUUGAAUUUACCAUGCAGUAUAUAACCCUGGUGGAGAUUACUGUUAUACUGACACCCCUUCAGUGUAAAAUGGCCAAAUGAAGGGGAACAGAGAAGAGAACCCCCCCAUUUCUCAUACCUCACUGUGUCUCCUAGUCUGUGUACAGCUUGUGCGUUUGCUGACGGCAAGCUGUCCCCCCCCCACCCCCCCACCCUCGUUAGUUUCGUCUCCUCUCUGUAUUUGUUCCCUUCUGACCGAAGGGCACAAUUGUCCACUGUAUCACUGACCUCUGUCUCUUUUCGUUUUUAGCUCUGUAUUUUUCUUCUUUCUGUUUAUUUUUUUUUUCUUCUUUUUUUUGUUGGAGUACAAAAAUACUAAAGUGCGACAAUGACUAAAAAAAGAUCCCAACCAAACUAAGAUGAAUAAAUAUAUAUAUAAAUAAAGAAAUGGAAAAAUUAAAA